UGGUUAUUGGUUAUAUUGUGCGGUCAGCAAAGCAAGAAAUCCGCCAUCUACAGUGGCUUCCUCUUUUAGCCGAGAGCGGAGAGCAAGUCCUCCAAGAAUUAUAGCUCAGUGGAAUUCAGAAGGGGAAGUUCUGCCAUGGCGUGAUUGAUUAUUCUGGAAUUUGCUUAUUGUUGCAAACUGUGGAACCACCUACUAACAUGUUCGCCGGCUUCAGACUGCAGUUCACGAUUGUUGCAACUAUUUCUCGCAUCGCAUCACAGAUCAUUUGCAUCGGUUGGCAAAUUCCAUCAGCUUUUAAAACGAUUUUUUAAAUCAUAAAGUAUUGGAAGUAUGGGGCUUGUGAGGCAAGUGUUGGUGGUCGCUUUUUGUGCCUGGCUUUUACAUCGUGUGAUUGUGCUCAAUAGAUUCUUUCGUAUGGCAGGAUUUGGUAUAGCAGUUUUCAACCACAAUCCAGGAUCUUGCAAGAUAUUUCAUGUUAAUGGUUCAGAAGAUAUUGAUGUGCUACCAAAUGGGCUUGCUGUGAUUUCAUCGGGGUUGAUAUUUCAUUUUGGCUUUCGUCAAGUUGACCCAACAAUGGAGCAUUAUAAAGGAAUGCUUUAUGCAUUUGACCUCAAUAAUCCUGAGGGAAAACUGACACCAUUAUCAUAUGAAAAUUUUGAUGAUUCUGUAUUCACACCACAUGGAAUUGAUUUGUACAUUGAUCCAAAAACUCAAGAAAUUAGCCUUUUUGUUGUGAACCAUGCUGAAGGAAAACAUAGCAUUGAGAUUUUUCAAUUUGAUCAGGAAAACAUGGUGCUCCAUCAUAAAAAGACAGUUGUUGAUGAAGAGAUCUAUAACCCCAAUGAUGUUGUAGCUGUGGGGCCAGACAAAUUUUAUAUCACAAAUGAUCAUUACUUUGUGAAAAGUAAACUGCUGAGAUUGAUUGAAGUAUUUUAUCCUAUGAAGUUAGGAACUGUUGCAUUUUACAAUGGCACUAGUGCGAAAAUUGUUUCAGGCGAAUUUCAGUUUGCAAACGGAAUAAACAUCGAUGAAAGUGGAAGAUAUGUUUUUGUUGUAAAUGGUAUUCCGGGUGAAGUAGUUGUUUUUGAACGUGAUAAUGAUGACAAUUUAAUUGAGCGCCAGCGAAUUAAUGUGGGUGUUGGAUUAGACAAUGUAAAUGUUGACAAAAAUGGCGAUCUCUGGCUUGCAGUAGCGAAUAUGGCAUUCCUUGAUUAUAUUGCAAACUUCAGCAAUCCGUGUCCAGGUGCUGUGCUGCAGGUGAAGCUUAGCAAGCAGGAGGAUGACAGAGUUCCUUUCAAAGUCGAUGACAUACGUGAAGUGUUUUCAAAUAGCGGGGAUGGAGAAUUCAAAUGUGUUUCAGUUGCGUCAUUUUAUAAUGGGAAACUGCUAGUUGGUAAUCCCUUUAGUAAUCUCAUGCAUUGCGAAGUACUCGUUGUUUAGUUCACAACAUCAAUUUAAUUCUACAUCAAGUAAAUACAAUUGAUUUAAACUAAAUAAAUAAACAGUUUGCUCUUUAUAAUAACCUAAAUUAUCUUGUCUAAAGGCCUUUUAAGUUAGUUCACAUGCUUAAAAUCUUGUGUAUCACUUGUGAUGCUAAUACUAGUUGAAUCUGCCCUAUUCUUUUUUUAAAAACAUAUGAACAAUAUUCUUUUUUUAACAUUUCCUGGCUUAUCUAGUUACAGUUGUAAAUUGGUAUGUUGAGAAAUGAACCAAUCUGUCUAUCUACAGGAGUAAAUAGCUCAUAGGCCAAUACAAUUUCACAUCAUACA